CUCCCUGCUCCAACCCUGCACCCCAAUCCUCCAGCCUUCAAUUUGCCCUGCACCCCAAUACUCCUCUCCUGAAUUUGCCCUGCACUCCCUGACUGUCCCUAAUCCCACUGAUCCAACCCUGCACCCCCUAAACUUGCCCCUCAUGUCUGCUGCUCUCUGCCCCCCUGAGCUACUGCCAUAGAGACCGUGGGAAGGCCUCAGAGUGGAGCCUCCUGGUGGUGCUGGACGUGGACUGGCACCUUGUCAUGCCCGGUGGAAGGAGGGGUCCAAGCCGGCAGCAACUGAGCCGUUCCGCGUUGCCCUCUUUGCAAACCUUGGUUGGUGGGACGUGUGGCAAUGGCACGGGGCUGAGGAACAGGAACGGUAGCGCCAUUGGCCUCUCGGCUCCUCCCAUCACUGCCCUGAUUACCCCCGAGCCGGUGCGUCACUGCCACAUCCCUGAGCUGCCAUUGGACGGGGGCCUCCUCUUCGAGUUCCUCUUCUUCAUCUACCUGCUGGUGGCGCUGUUCAUCCAGUACAUCAACAUCUACAAGAGCGUGUGGUGGUACCCGUACAAUCACCCGGCCUCGUGCACCUCGCUGAAUUUCCACCUUAUCGAUUACCAUUUGGCGGCCUUUAUCACCGUCAUGCUGGCCCGGCGCCUGGUCUGGGCGCUGAUAUCAGAAGCCUCGCAGGUGGGAACCUCGUCCAUGGUCCAUUACGCGGCUCUGAUCACUGCCCGACUGGUGCUGCUCACGCUGUGCGGCUGGGUCUUCUGCUGGACUCUGGUCAACCUGUUCCGCAAUCAUUCAGUGCUGAACCUCCUCUUCUUGGGAUACCCGUUUGGGGUUUACGUCCCUCUCUGCUGCUUUCACCAAGACAGCCGCUCCCAGCCGCUCCCCACAGACUGCGGGUACCUGGUGCAGGACCCCCUAGUGGACGAUGGUGCUAACGGCAUGGCCACUCUGGUCCGACCCCGAGAUUUCCUGUCGCUGCUGCGGGAGUCGCUGAGGGAGCAGUUUAACAGCACCCCGUCUAUCCCGUCGCACAGUUGCCCCCUGUCCCCCGACCUCAUACGCAACGAAGUGGAGUGUCUGAAGGCCGACUUCAACCGCAGGAUCAAGGAAGUGCUCUUCAACUCCCUCUUCAGUGCCUACUAUGUGGCCUUCCUGCCACUGUGCUUCGUAAAGAGCACCCAGUAUUAUGACAUGCGCUGGUCGUGUGAGCACCUCAUUAUGGUCUGGAUCAAUGCCUUCGUCAUGCUGAGCACCCAGCUCCUGCCCCCCAAGUACUGUGACUUGUUACACAGAUCUGCCUCCCACCUGGGCAAGUGGCAGAAACUGGAGCACGGAUCCUACAGCAACGCACCCCAGCACAUCUGGUCAGAGAACACAGUAUGGCCGCAGGGCGUCCUGGUACGACACAGCAGAAGUUUAUACAAAGCCGUCGGCCCAUAUAACGUAGCAGUGCCUUCAGAAGUCUCACACGCCAGAUUUUAUUUCCUGUUUCACCGGCCGUUACGGCUCCUGAACCUGCUGCUCAUUAUCGAGGGCAGCCUGGUGCUUUACCAGCUCUACUCCCUGCUGCGGGCAGAGAAGUGGAACCACACGCUUUCCAUCGCGCUCAUUCUCUUCUGCAACUACUACGUCCUAUUCAAGCUCCUCCGGGACCGGAUAGUACUGGGCCGGGCCUACUCCUACCCAAUCAGCAGCUACGGACUGAAACCCCACUGAGACGGGGGGAGGGGCCCAUUAAGCCGAAGGGGAAAAGAAACGCAGGAGAUUUGAUAGGAAAAAGAAAAAAAAAUAUACAAAAAAAAAAAUCUGGAAAAAAAAAAAAUAUUUUGGUACAAUUCUAUAUUUUUCUCGCAAUGUUUAUAAAUAUUUAAGAUAUUUUAUAUUUUGUAUAUGAUUUUGUUGUGUUGGGAAGGGGGGGGGGGUGCAUUUCUGUAAAGGCGAAUCGGAACGGCUGAGAGCUCCCCCUGGAGGCCGCAAAGAAGGAGAAGCCGCAAAGUAUUCUAACGCCAUUUUGGGCAAAUCUCGUGCCGUCGGCCCCGCUGUAGGGAACCAGGCACCUGAUUGGCCGCUCAUCUCCUGGAACAGGAAGUGCCAAACUGAGCUCUCGCUGGAAGGAGUAGUUGCAUGGAACAGACUCCCAGCCGAGGCCGAGCAGCAUGAAGUCUGACCACCCCCCGAUAUCACUUUGCCAAUUCUGCAGCUGCCAGACAAACUUGAAUAAAGCUGAAGGCUUCA